UGACCAGUUUGUUGGGGGAAAGAAGUGGGGAAUAGCGGAGCUAGUCCAAUUAGAGAGACGCGGGUUACCGUAAAACUGUUAAAUGCGCAGAGCCCACCUUUCCGCCCCGCUCCGGAGGAUGUGAAGUGGCAGUGGUAGUUCUGCCAGUGUGUGUGUGUGUGUGUUGAAGCGGUGCGGAGAAAUUCUCCGAAGGACAGAUUCCAUAGAGGCCCUACCUACCCUUGCCCCAGCGUCACGUGCGGGGAAGGGAUGCCACGUGGUUCGGCGGCCAAAUGCGAAGAGGGCUUUUCUUGGGAGGUUUGCGUUAUGCAGUAAAAGUAGAAGUACAGCUACCUGCAAUUUUGAGAGCAAGAAAAAUGAAGCUCCCUAUUUUCAUAGUAGAUGCAUUUACAGCAAAAGCAUUUCGUGGGAAUCCUGCUGCUGUUUGCCUCCUAGAAAAUAAAUUGGAUGAAGACGUACAUCAAAAAAUUGCAAGAGAAAUGAACCUCUCUGAAACUGCUUUUAUUCGAAAACUGAACCCAACUGACAACUUUACACAAAGUUCCUGCUUUGGAUUGAGGUGGUUUACACCGGCAAGUGAGGUUCCGCUCUGUGGCCACGCUACCCUGGCUUCUGCAGCUGUACUGUUUUACAAAAUAAAAAAUGUGAAUAACACUCUAACCUUUGUCACUCUGAGUGGGGAACUAAAGGCCAGAAGAGCAGAGGAUGGUAUUAUUCUGGAUCUGCCUCUUUAUCCUGCCCACCCCCAGGACUUCCAUGAAGUGGAGGACUUGAUAAAAACUGCUAUAGGUGACACCCUGGUCCAAGACAUUCGCUAUUCUCCAGAUACCCGAAAGCUCCUUGUCCGACUCAGUGACACUUAUAAGAGGUCAUUUCUGGAGAACCUGAAGGUGAACACACAAGAUCUGUUGCAAGUGGAAAACACAGGGAAGGUGAAAGGACUCAUUCUCACCCUUAAAGGAGAGCCUGGAGGGCAGACCCAAACAUUUGACUUUUACUCCAGAUAUUUUGCACCGUGGGUUGGUGUGGCUGAAGAUCCUGUAACAGAUCUAUGCACCUGUGUUUAUUGCAGCAUUAUGUACCAAAGCCGAGAGAUGGAAGCAACCCAAGUGAUGGAUGGUAGCUACGCUUGUGGGUCUGCGCAUGCUGUUCUCAGCAGCUACUGGUCCCAGCAACUGGGGAAGAAAGACAUGCAUGCCUUUCAGUGUUCCCGCCGAGGAGGAGAACUGGAGAUUUCACUGUGCCCCGAUGGACGAGUUGACAUUAAGGGUGGCACUGCUAUUGUUUUAGAGGGCACUCUGACAGCCUAGAUGUGGUCGUGGUUCUUUUGAUUCCACUAUUUUGCUAUUUUGAAUGACUAAGUAUUUUCUGCAUAAAAAGAAAUGGAAGUGGCUGCCUUUACCAAACUUGCAUAGCAGUUCACUUCAUCCUCACAUUAGAAAUAGAAAAAUGAAAACAUAUUAAUGGAAAUUUAAUCACGCUUUCUAACUAAUUCACUAAUGGAGUUUUGACUCUACCUGUGAGUGUAUUUGCAAUGGAAGUAACCAGUAACAAAAUAAUGUUGUCACCUGAUUAUGACUACCAAUAACACGAUGAGGAACAAAUUUAUGGGGAGUAAGAGCAAACCAUUUAAACUCAGGUAUGAGUAUUUGAUAGACUAUUUUGUAGUCUUUAAAAAGACCCAAUAAUCAUUUGGAAAUAUUGAAAAAUACUUCAUGAUAUAAUUCUAAGAAAGAGAAUUCAAAAUGUUAGCAUUGUUAUGUCUGUAUACAAUAUGAAUUUAUAUGGACAAAGAUGGGUCAUGAAGAUAGAAAGGUGAAAGCUAUUCAUAUGUGUGUGUGGACAGGUAAGAUUAGGAGUCAUUUUAAUGCACCUAAGAAAUUAUUUCCCUUAUUGGAACACACUCAUGUUCAAUAACUAACAAUCAGAACAUAUAACAGAAUAACCAAUAAAGUCAGAAAUUUCAAAAGAUGUAUGUGUAUUAGUGUGGUAGUAAAAUUAAACACUAAAAGCAAAUGUAAUGUCUUUAUCUUGAUGUAUGGCUUUAGAGCUAUAGCUUAAAAGGCAUUCUUCUCUUACCUUAAUAAAAUUGGUUUUGGGAUGCCUGGA